UACUCUAUUUGUAAAGAACCUCUGAUAGAGCUGUCAAACCCUGGAGCGAGUAGUUCAUGGUUUUACUUAACCAGUGACGAUGAGUUCAUCAUAAAGACUGUGCAGCACAAAGAAGCUGAAUUUCUGCAGAAGCUGCUUCCAGGUUACUACAUGAAUCUGAAUCAGAACCCGAGGACCCUCUUACCGAAGUUUUACGGGCUGUACUGUAUUCAAUGUGGCGGCGUUAAUAUCCGAUUGGUGGUGAUGAACAAUAUCCUGCCUCGCUCUUUGAAAAUGCACUACAAAUAUGACUUAAAGGGCUCCACUUACAAACGCAGAGCGUCACGGAAGGAGCACGCCAAACCCUCCCCGACCUUUAAAGAUCUAGACUUCCAGGAGAUGCACGAAGGUCUUUAUUUUGAUGCAGACACGCACAACGCCUUGGUGAAGACUCUUCAGAGAGAUUGUCGGGUGCUGGAAAGCUUUAAAAUCAUGGACUACAGUUUGCUGCUGGGCAUCCAUGUUCUGGACAGGAAGCUGAGGGGGAGAGGCGGGAUAGGGGACAGUAAGCGUCAGGGUGGGCAGAAGGUCCUGUACUCCACAGCCCGCGAGUCC